AUGGGUGUAUUUCUCGAAAACAGUCUAAUUUGGGUUCAAGUAGAACAUAAGGUUGACGGAAGUUCGGGGACUGCGCGCCCAUCUGAUGAGCCACAAGAAGGGCGAAACCGGUCUCUAAUUUGGGUUCAAGUAGAACAUAAUGUUGACGGAAGUUCGGGGACUGCGCGCCCAUCUGAUGAGCCCCAAGAAGGGCGAAACCGGUCGUGGGCUGUCGAACAGUUGUCAGCAACCUUCGUACGCGCAAAGACAAACGUUAAAAUUACGGAUGACAAAGUGCGAUGGAUGGACACUCAAGUACUGACAUGUUCGGCCUCCGAAAGCGGUUCAUUCGAGGCACAGUUUCAAAACGGUCCAUGGAUUUCGCCUGGUAUAUCAACUGGAUUACCAAGUGCUAUGUGAUGGUUCGCCGCUGAUUCCAGACCUAUAACCACUGGUGUGUCCAGUGUGCAAUCGACUUCGAGCCCUCUCUCCGAGAACAAUGACCAACGAAUCUACCAUGCAGCUCGCACGUAUGGAGACACUCGAGUUGCUAUGACGACUCCACGACCCCAUGACCUGAGGAGUCCUGUUAACGGAUGUGCUGUCAAUACUCAUCGUUUGUGAUUGGUUCCAUCGCUGCCUCAUUGGCUUUCGCUACGACCUAAUAAUUCAACUGAUUUUAACGUGCUCUCGAUCCCAGACGUACAGCAGGGAUGGAGACCGGUUCCUCCAUUACAUUCGAUUCACACGGUAGGGCCGUCCUUUUCACCUGCACAUCAUUGGUCGUCUGGGCGAAUGGGGUUCGCUCACGCCUGAAUAAUAGCGUGAAAAGCCCAAGAAUGCAAUUCGUGUUGCUUGCCCACUCUGUGCCUGUUUGAAGCAAGUCUUCAACAGGAACUGCUUUCAGAUUCGCGUUAAAAAACGCACUUGGAAAACUGUCGAUGCCUUGCAACAAGGUGCAACUCACCAACAAACUGUUUACCAAUUGGCUGCAAUUGAAGUUUUCCGCCAAACUAUUACACUACAUCAGCUCUUUCGUGGUCUUGAAAGUUACCGCCAUGAAUUUUCUAGGCGUCCAUCUUGACCUAAAGAAUAUCCAGACAUUUUCCUUUAUUCUGGUCCAUAGUGCAUUCACAAGAUCCAGGAUAUUUCGUUAUAUGUAGUUAACUACGCACUGUAUCAUACUCAAAGGUCCAUUUCUCGGUGGGUUUGCCAAUACUGACUCUCUCGACUGCGUUCAAGUCGCUUUCGAUUCCCUAACAAGGAACAGAACAGCUUUAUUGCGAACAAGUGAGUGCAAAGGUUACAAGAGGUAUCACGGUAUUUAAAGCACACUUUUUGGCCUUGAACCCAGGCUGUCUGAUUAGCGUUAGGUGAACAAUCAUCAUCGUCAACCGUUGCUUCUAUGACAUGGUUGAACCCUCAUCAUCGUCACCCGUGAUUGUAUGAUAUGC